AUGCAGGUGCAAAAUCUUUCGCCCCGGAUCUCGUUGUAUACGCCCGAGUCACCAAAUCAGGUGGACCAGCUGGUUAUUAUAUGCAGCUGGGCAGAUGCUCAACAGAGAUAUAUCACAAGAUACCUCGAGCUACACCAGACGAUUACCCCGGCAGCAAGUAUCCUGCUUAUCCAAACGCCCUUUGCAGCGUUAUUCAAGCCUUACACGUGGCAGAGAGCUGCCCUUAGACCUGCAGCGCAGUAUAUAAUCGAGAAUGCCUUGACCAAUGGUCAGCUGCCGGAUGGAGGACAGACUCAACAAGGACAAAGCAAGAACAAGACAAAUAUCUUGCUCCAUUCAUGUUCUAAUGGCGGCAGCCUUACAGCCUCCCAACUCCUCAUCCUCAUCCGCGAAAUGACACAUGCGCCUCUCCCUCUCAUCGGAAUCAUAAUGGAUAGCAGUCCCGACGGUGGAAGCUAUACACGGAGCCAUAAGGCAAUCGUGGUUGCGCAACCACCUUCUAGACCGCUAAGGCCGGCAGUUUCGCUGCUCGUUCAUGCAGCCCUAAUCCCUGUGUGGGCGAGUUAUAUCAUUGGAGGACAGGAGAAUUCGCAGCUUGCGAUGCGCAGAAUAUUCCUGGACAGAGAUUAUGUCGACACCUUGAACAUUUGUUAUAUAUAUUCGAAGAGUGAUACGACUACCGACUGGAGAGAUGUACUUAUCCAUGCCGAAGAGGCGAGGUGGAAAGGAUGGUUUGUGGAGGAGCAUAAGCUGGCAACAAGUUCGCAUUGUGCGCAUAUACGCUCUGAUCCGGAAAUGUAUGCUAGGAUUGUGAGGCGAAUUUGGGAGUCAGUGAAACCUCGGGCGAAAUUGUAG